AUGGCAGCUAUCAGCGGCCUGGAACUGGCAGUGCACACCUCCCAUGCUGGACAACAGAAACAGGUGCAUGUGGUGGGUGUGGAAGUUUUCCGACUCCAUGGACCGCUUCAUCACACCCAAGGGUGGUUUGCGCAUCGCCAACGAUGGAGAUGUCGUCCCCUUUGUGGCUACGGACUGGCUUGGCUCUGGCGUUCCGCGCGUGUGAUGCAUGGCUAUGAGUGGAUCUUCCCACACUUGGCCCGAAAACGGUUCAAGAAGUUGAAAGACUGGCGCACGCAAGUCAGACACCCGAAGGGUGAGGAGGCGUCUUUUGCAAAGAACUUUGGGUGUUCGACAAUGCCUGUGAUGGAGAAGUUUCCACCAAGUUCAUGCAACACUGGUGCACCAACAAGAUUGUGCGACUGCUCACGCUCAUGA